UUUACAUCUGAGACAGAGGAAUACUACGCAUCGUCUAGAAUUGGAAUUUCGGGACAAACUGUUGAGCAUUUGUUGAUAUUAUUAUGAGUGAGUCACAAAUGAUAAAGUAUCGGAUUGAAUCCAUUUAGUUAUUUAGUUACAGUAGAAGGAACCAUUGAUUAUCUAAGGGGGGAGAAUCAGAACAGGAAAUCUACUCACAGUUCAUCCCGGAUUUUUCAGAUAAUGGCAGAUCCAUCAAGGGAGUACCGUGACCGAUUUCACUACGUCAAACGAGAAAUUUUAGAGGGAUCUCCAGAUAACUACGAGAAUGCUUUGAAUUCAUACCUGGACGAACGACGCGAAAAGCACCGUCGCUCUCAUUCCCAGCAUGAUAAAGAAAAGAGAGAGAAACUUCGCCACUCUCAUGUUGAGUACGACCCUCGGAGAGUGAAGCAUGAAGACCAAAGAGAGCGUUCUGGCUCUGUACGUAGAGAAUGGGAGGAGCCCGAAGAUCUGUCAAGAUCUUCGAAAAACGGGUCUGGGUUUGAAAGACAUCAUAGGGAGGAUACCUCGAGCAGAACUUCAAGUAUUGAUCCCAGAUCUUCGAGCGUUCGUUCCAGAUCUUCGAGUGCUGAUCCCAGAUCAGCUGAUGAAAUCAAGAGGAAGAAGUCUCGGAAACAUCACAAACACAGAUCUCAUCAUGAUCAUGAAUCUCCCAGGGCAUCAAGGUGGGAUGAAUGCAAUGGGCAAGUCGACGAGCAAGUCGAUGUUAGUCGAGACUCAAAAAGAUCUAGAUUCUACCGAAACGAGAAGGAAGUGGCUGCUUCGCCCUGGCCGAAGGCAACACCACCACCUCCACCACGUAUCAAACCCGAGCCUAACAAUGAUAUUCAGAUUGUUGAGUGUUCAAACAACAAAAUGAGAACUCAGAAGAGGCGCAUGGCGAAGAAGUCAGCACCUGGGCCAGUUGAAGUAGUGGAUCUGGACGAAUCACCACCACCACCACCCCCACCACCACCAACCACCGCGAUCUAUCACCCGCCAGAGCAGAGCUAUGAACAGCCACCGGGAGCAUUCACCUCAAAUAUCGCACCACCACAGAGAUGGAUGAGUCAGAUAUCGGUUGUCCCUCAAGAAAUCCUCUCAAUACCCCCCGUGAGGAAGUUCGAUACUGAGUACAUGGUGCCCGAGGACAAUCCACAGCCUGCAGCGACACCGCAACCGACGUUUUAUCAACCUCCUGUGGAAUCAAUUCCGUACAAUUAUAGACCCCAAGAACAGUAUCAAGAACAGUAUCAGGCGCAACAUCAGGAAUCGUAUCAUGCCCCACAGGAAUCGGUUGUGGAGGAACAGCCGAUUCAGGAAGAAUUUUUUGAGGAGUUUGAGCGAAAGCCACUCGCAUCGAUUCCGUCGGUGCACAUUUCACAGGUUGGGGAGUUGAAGACUCAGCCACCUUCUAAAGCCAAAAAUCCAAGCUAUGACGUACACGCAGUGUGCAGAAGUUGCGGUAUCACAUUCAUUCACCCCUGUAAGUACCCCCCUAGUACAGAACCGCAGGCGAUGUUUCUAGAACCCGGACAACUGCACAAAUGCAAAUGCAGUGCCAUUUUCCUUCACACACGCACGUGUAAAGAUACAGCUAGCAAAAGUUUUGUACCUGAUAAAAAAGAGACUGGUUUAAUAAAGCAAGUCGAUAGAAUUCACAAAUACGAGUGUCACGACUGCGUCUUCAAGUUUUCGGUGGAACAGAUACGCCACACGAGUCACUACUUCGAGAGUAUCACACGUAAAGAUGGGACUCUCCGAGAAAGGGGAAAGAAGAGCGGACGGGACUUGACCCCCAUGCUCAAGCACUCAGACGAGAUCGCCAGGAGACGAUUGAGCCAUGAACCCCCAACGGUCCAGAAGGCCUACAUGGAGAUGAGGAGACGCUUGAUCUGUCAAUGCAAUCAGAGUUGCUGUGUUGUGUACCACGAAUGUCCGCCUAAGCCUGCUGAUGAACAGAGUGAUGACACUGACUGAUGACAGCACAUGAGGGCAGGAGAGGGCCAAUCUCAUAUCACAUAUUUUUUUACUUAGAAUUGUUCUUUAUUUUGUACAAUUUAAUAUUAUUAUUCAGGAGUAUAGUUUUAGUUUUUGUUAGAGGAAACUUUUAUCGAGAAUAGAGAUAUGAUUUAAUGGGAUAAAAAAAUGGGAGAAGAUGGGGCAAAGUAGGACGUUUGUAAUGGACUUUAAAUUUUGAUAUCUUCAGGCCCGGGUCAAUUAUGUACCGAAUGUUAUCUAGACUGCUUUUUUUGGUCGAUUUUUAUCACGAGAUUUCGGCUCAAUGUCCCUUCACUCAAAGACCCUCGAAAAUGAUGAAUUUGGAUUGAAAAAAAAAAAAAAUUCUAAACAUUUUC